UGGCUUCACUACACCCUCUCGAUCUCUUAUACACACAUACAGAGAAAGAAGCCAGAACCGAGAGCAGAAGGCGAUCGAUCAGAUGUUUUAAAAGGAGCGACGCUGUUCAGUCAUGACUUCCAAGGAGGGUAGAAGCAUGUCUCGCCUGUCUUUGACCCGAUCUCCAGUGUCUCCCCUGACCACACAGGGCAUCCCACUUCCUGCUCAGCUUACCAAAUCCAACGCCCCUGUUCACAUCGAUGUGGGAGGCCACAUGUACACCAGCAGCCUGGCCACUCUCACCAAGUACCCUGACUCCAGAAUCAGUCGGUUAUUCAACGGAACAGAGCCGAUUGUGUUGGACAGUCUGAAGCAGCACUAUUUCAUUGACCGAGAUGGAGAGAUCUUUCGUUAUAUUCUGAGCUACCUUCGAACUAGCAAACUGCUCCUCCCUGAAGAUUUUAAGGAGUUCCAGCUGCUUUAUGAAGAGGCGCGGUACUACCAGUUGAGCCCCAUGGUGAAGGAGCUGGAGCGCUGGAAGCAGGAGUGUGAGCAGCGGCGAGGAGCACAGCCCUGCGAAUGCUUGGUGGUUCGUGUGACCCCUGACCUUGGCGAGAGGAUUGCUCUUAGUGGAGACAAGGCUCUCAUCGAGGAGAUUUUCCCCGAGACUGGUGACGUCAUGUGCAACUCGGUUAACGCUGGCUGGAACCAGGACCCCACCCACGUCAUUCGAUUUCCACUCAAUGGAUACUGCAGACUUAAUUCUGUACAGGUGCUGGAGAGAUUGUUUCAGAAAGGCUUCAGCAUGGUGGCAUCAUGUGGGGGAGGUGUGGACUCGUCUCAGUUUAGUGAGUACAUCCUGAGCCGGGAGGACAGCCGCUGCCAGAACAUCCACACGCCCAUCCGGAUUAAGCAGGAACCGCUGGACUAGCCGAACGCUAAUCAGACACCUUUGUCGGGCACCUAGAAAAUGAGCGGCGGACCCUGAGAAUGAACAGUUUGUACCAUGGUGCUGCCUGAUUGGACAAUUUGGGAGCCUGUAAUGAGGGAAGGACAAGACAUCGCAUCACAACAGGACUCGAACACACCAAAAAAAUCUGGUGUCGAAUGAAAAGAUUGCAUUGUGUAUAUAUUGGUCUUCCAUGGUAUCAUAUUCAGCGCUGAUGUCAUCGUCCACGUCUGUGUUUAAUCCACAAACAACUUUCUACAAACCAUCAUUCAUGCAUUCAUGUGCAAAUCGACUUAUACUAUAGUAAGGACAAUGGAGGUCAGUACAUAGUGUGUCCUCAUGGAUGGAUUCACGUAGCUGGAUGCAGUUGCGCUGUGAUCAGAAAUGAGUUUGAACCACAACGUUACAAUGAAGUCUAUGGCUCUGAGUGAACUGAGUUGAGUACCUGGUAUUGAUUACUAGCCAUUUUCCAAAUUCAGCUAGCAAACAAACCUAGCUUUAUAGAUACAGUUACUGGGUGGUCAUGCCAAGUCCUCUGCAAUACAUACACACAUCUGUCUGAAAAUAACACAUUUUGCCCUAGAUGUGCACACUUUGGUUACAAGAGUAAUCAAGAUUAGACAUUUUAUACAAUCUCUUUAAAAUAAAAUAAACAUAUAAAUACAGAAUGAAUAUGUGUAUCUU